UGUCAAGUCAAAUCAUAUGUCAUGAUACACUUCUGUUGUAAGUUGUAAUCAAAAAUUUACCUUUAGUUUAGGAGCCGGAAAACGAUUAUUGUGCAAAAAAGCAAAAGCAGUAUCUUCUGUAUUUAUUCAGCCUACCAAGUGCUUACACGCAACUUUGUAACGUUUACAAAAUGGAAAACAAUAUCGUACCUUCCCGCUUUUCUUGUCUUAAAAUCGAAGAUGACGAUUUUCAGCCAGUUGUUAAUAAACAAACAAAGAAAAAAGCUGAUAAUAAGCAGCCGGUAAAGAGAGCCAUUGGAAAUGCUAGUAACAGAAAACCUCUAGAAAAACAGGAAUUAUCUUCAAAUGGUGCUUCCAGGAAGACUAAGUCAAAGGCAAAAAAUGAUAGCAAACAGUGGGAAGAAUGGCAAAAAAAAGAUGAUGAAUAUAUUAAUGAGAAUUUUGAACAAGAUCUCCAAAGUGCCAUAAUGCAAUCAAGACUGGAUUACGAAAACCACAAGAAGAAUUAUGCCCCAGACAUCACUUCCAAAGGACAAGAAAAGCCAUCAAAGAAAAAGAAGACAAAAACUAUGUCUCUGGAUCAGUUUCUAGAAAAAGAUAAGAGUCCACAUCUAAAAAAGGUUUGUUUAAAUAAAACAUCUGAGAAUGAUGAAAAAUUUUUCGAAUCAGUAAUAAACUCAGCAAAAGAAGAACUCCGAAGAGAAAAAGUGGAACAGAGCAGAAAAGAGAGGUCCAAUAACAUCGAGGAAGUCAUUUCCCUUGCCCAAGCUCAGGAUAAGCUUCAAAAAGAGAAAGAGAAAAAUGAACAGCUUAAAAAAGAAUUAGAGGAAUCUAAAAAGGAGAUUACUUCUGUCAAAAAGAGAAACAAGACUUUGUGUAGCAUGCUAAGCCAAGGAGAAAUGAAGGAUAAAGCUACACUAUUACUAGAUCUGGAAAAAAUAACGACUGUCAAAGAUGAAUUGACUGAGGAAUUAGCAAGACUCCACAAGUUGCUAGAACAGGAAAGAUCAAAAUCUAGUGCUGUUUCAUCAAACUCUUUACCUGAAUCUGAUAAUAAGCAAAAGAGUAAGAGGUAAAACUUCUGCGUUAACUAUUUUGUCGUGAUACUACUUUUAAGAAUUUGUAUUUUCAUAUUUGUAACUUGAUAUAUUA